AAAGAGAGGGAGGGAGUAAUAUAAGAGAGGCAGCCAUAGAGGGAGAGGUGACAGAGUAGAUUAUCCUCCUCUCCUCUCCUCCUCUCUGCCAGCCUCAUCAUGUUCAUGCUGCAGAUGUUGACUGUUAUCUCUCUGACUGUUAUUCUCCUGGCAUCUGUGGAAGGUAAAGGUGUGCAGAUGCAAAGAGAUGUCCAGUGCUGCAUGUUGUACUCCCAGGGCAAGGUGCGGACCAAAGAUGUGUUGCGGUUUGAGGUGCAGACAGAGGGGCCCGACUGCAGUAUACAAGCCAUCAUCCUUUACACAAAGAAGGCGGUGAAAUGUGCAGACCCUAGAGACAGGAAGGUUAAGAGGCUGCUGAGGAAGCUCCUGCAGAGACAGAGAACCAAGGCCCACAGAACCAUGUGGCUCCUUCCUCAUGAGAACCUGCCUGUCAUGUCAGAGGACAAAAAGGAUAGCUGGGCUGUUCUCAAUGUGGAGUGAUGGAGUGAAAAAUGGAGGACAAAUCAUAGUCAUAAGCCAAGUAAACUUACAGCAGCUCACCAUCUUUAUGUGGCGAUGCUCUGCUGACUCUCCAGUCGUCUUGUGUCUCUCUCUAUCUACAAUAUUUGUCCCUCUGGGACCAGACCUGGGCAGCAAUACAUAUUUAAAUGGCUUUCGAUAUUUAAAUAAGAUCCAUGCUUGAAAUAUUCCCAAACAGGUGGCUGAAACAGAGGACUAUUUCCUUGUAAGAUAAGCAGAAAUGUUUCUUUUUUAAUGGCUCAUACUGUUAUUUGCCAGUCAGCCUGGAAAUGUCUCUCUCUCUCUCUCUCUCUCUCUCUCUCUCUCUCUCUACAACAUUACUACUCGUGGCUGAUGUACAAUCAGUGAAAAAGGUGUUCUUAAAGAAAUCAUACCGAGCAGUGAUAUUUAUAUUGUAUAACAGCAUACUCAAUGCUUAUUUGUGACUUGUAUACUUUCAGUGAUGUGUAAUGACACUGCACACAGUGCAGACUUUGACCUGAUAUAUCUGACUGUUAGACAGGUGAAAUGUGGGAGGAAAUUUCAUCUUUUUAGUGAACAGAUGAUCCUGAUUUUUUGUCCACCCUGCAUAUAGUCUGUUUGUAAUCCUGGUAGAAACUCAUAUUAAUCUUUGAAUAAGAGAUCCUCAGGCAUUUACCAGAAGAUCUACUCAUUUGCAGUUUACAUUUGUCAUUUUCACAGUAGUCUGUCACUAAACUAUGCCAAAGUAUCCAUGAAUCAGUUCAUCAAAUGGCAAGGCUGUUAAAACUUUGAGGGCUCAAUUGUGUUUGGCACACAAAAGUAUUGUUGAAGAAUGCACUGUGUGUGAAUUUUAUAAAAUAAUCUGAAAUUA